CGGCGACGGCAGCAGAAAAUCGAUGCUGCAGUGCACAGCAGUUUUCGGUUCUUCCAACUUUUUUCUCCACAGUCAUUUUUUCCCAUAAAAACUGGCACCGAUUUAAAAAUCCCCCGAGACUCUUCAGAAUUGACCGCCCGCACUGGAAGUGACCCGGCCAGUUAACCCCCCCGCCAUGACCACCGCCAUGGACUGCACCACCUCGGAGGUGCUGAUCUCGCCGGACGACGAGGACGACACCGGCAGCGGCAACCUCUCGGCCGAGGUCUGCGAGGUGUCCGGCGAGCAGACCUUCCAGCACGUGGAGCUGCACAUCGUGGAGACGGACGCCGAGGCCACCGAGCUGCGCAACAAGCUCCUCGCCGCGCCCGACCAGAACGUCCACCUCCUGGCCUGUGCCCGCGAACUGACCGUCCCCGGCAUCGUGCCCACCCAGAUGGACGCCAUGGCCGGAAACACGCCGCUUUUCACCUACGUCCUAUCCACGGAUUUCAUGGGUGCGGCGCAGGAGAUUGCCCGCUCGCUGAUCGCCGAGGUGGAGACGGUGCCGGUGGAGGGCGCCGUGCCGGAGGACGACGCGGAGGGGACGGCCAGUGAGACGGUGGAGGGGGAGAGCGGUGGGACGCCGUUGGUGGCGCGGCGGGUGACGGCGCGCCGGCCGGGACAGGGCACGACGCACGAUUCGCAUGCGGCGAAUAAAUCCGGUAAGGACGUGUAUGAAUUCCGCGACCAGCGCGCCGCCAGUCCGCCGGUCCCGCCCAAGAAGCUCCGCCCGCGCAUGCUGGCCUCGCGGAAGCGGAAGGAUCCGGCGGAGCGGCAGCAGGAGGAGGAGCGGAAGCGGCUGAAGAAGAAGGAAGUCCCGCCGGAUGUCAAGUGUCUGUACUGUGAUUAUGCCUCCAAUAAAGUAUCUCCUCAUCCGCCACAUGCGCUGCCACUCGGACGAGACGGUUUUGGUUCGUUUUGCAGGCGACCGCACAUGUGCCCCAUCGACAAGUGUGGACGGGGAUUUAAGACUACAUCGUCGCUGCAGAAUCAUGUUAAUACGCACAGCGGUGUUAAGCCGCAUAUCUGCAAAUUCGAGGGCUGUGGCGCCGGAUUUACGACCAGCGGCGAACUGGUGCGGCACACGCGUUACAAACACACCCACGAAAAACCGCACAAAUGCGUCCAUCCCAACUGCGGCUACGAGAGUGUGGAGUUGAGUAAACUCAAACGGCAUCUACGGAGCCAUACCGGGGAACGGCCGUUCAAAUGUGAUCACUGCGACUACGCCAGUCCGGAUACGUACAAAUUGAAACGGCAUCUGCGUGUACACACUGGCGAAAAGCCAUACAUCUGCGAGAUCUGCCAGCAGGGCUUCAGUCAGAGUAACAGCAUGAAAGCCCACCGUCUGACGCAUCUGUCCAAGCGGAACAAAUUCGACUGCCACCUGUGCCCCACCCAGUGCGUCCGCCGCACCGAUCUCAAGGCGCACAUCCAGAAGAUGCAUGUCAGCGAGGAGCCGGUGGUCUGCGGCAAGUGCAUGAAGUCCUUCCCCGACCGCGGCCUGUACAACACGCACAAGAAGGACGGCUCGUGUGGUCCGUCCGGACAGGCCGCCAAGCCCAAGGUGGUGCGGGUGCCGGGUGGACGGAAGACCGCCCUGCGGGGGCCGCGCAAGAAGGACGUCCUGGAGACGCCGCCGCAGGAACCCACCGAACCGGCAUCGGCCCCGGUGAGCAGCAGCGCCACGGUGGAGCUGUCGUCCAACGGCAUGCAGACCAUCCGCUGCAUCCUGCCGGACGGCGACGUCCUGGACAUUAUCAGUACGGCGGUGGGGGAGAAUGCGCCGCGGAUCUUAACGGUGCACGCCACGCCGCUGACCAUCCCUUGAAUCUCGGCGGCGUCACCGCGCUCAACGUCAAGAACGACCCUCCGACGGUGGAGGAAGAGGCGGAAACAGCGGAGGAUGUCGAGCCGGUGGUGGUCACCGCCGCCGAGGAGGAUCUCAGUCAGACGCCCAAUGGCAGUGUCUCCGAGGGGUGAUUUUGUGGGAGGGGUUGGUGGGGAAAUGUGCGGUUUGUUGUGUUGAUAUCGCGGGAAGUAUUUGUACGAUGCGUGCUGUGUAAUGCUGGUUUUUUUGCCUGUAUUUUUUGUUAAUGUUUACCGUGUUUUAUCUCGGGUUUUGUGCGUAUGGAUUUUGAUUCCAUGGCGGACUGUGGACAACUAAAAAAUCACCAAAUAAAAAUGUAUCGAAA